AUGACCUUUGAAUAUUUCGAAGCUACUCUCCCGGUUGAUGAGGUCAUGAAGCAAUGUAACAAAACUCGAAUGCAGUUUCCGACGAACCCUCGCCUUGUAGUCGCUUGGCGAGCCGAUGUCAUUUCCUGCUUGGCCAACCUAUUGUCGUAUCUCAGUGUAGAUCAUUCAGACGAGGCCCUUCAAAACCCAUCCGGGAUCACUCGAC